AUGAGUCUCGUGCGCGCGCUCCUGUCCCGGGCGGGUGUGCACGUGAGCAGAGUCCCGCACGCGCAGGUCCGGACUCGUGGUUCCUGGUCUCGGCCUCAGGACCAGAGGAGUCCGUGUCGCUCUCAGGUCAGAGACAUUAAAGCUCGGGUCUCUGGUUUUCUGAACGUCAAACUCCAGGGAAGUGCGGCAACAGCAGCGGCAUGGACCAGAGGCCUGAGCACCAGUCCCCGCUGUGGACCAUGUGGCCACAGCUCGGUCAGUCCAUACCUGAACCGGUCCACUGUAGUUCAGGACAAUGAAGCCUCAACGGACGAUGUCCUGUCCCAUCAGAUCAUGCUGCGUCCCCUCUCACUCAGCGGGGUGGGUGACGGCACAUCCCUGUUAAAGCUGAGAGAUCUCCCACAGCAGGACCACCCGCCCCCCCACACACAUCUGAGGGAAGGGGGUGAGGGACUCUUUAUGACCCGUGUCUCCUGA